GCCAGCAACAUGGAAGAAGAGUUGACGAUCAACACGAGUUACGCUAAAAAAUACAACCAGUGGCGGCGAAAAGAAGAACUACAGAAGUUGAAAGCGCGCUAUGGAGAUGUGAAUCUAUCCGAUGAGGAAUCCUCAAGCUCGUCAGAGUUUGAAGACGAGGAUGCCGUGGCUUUAACUCCGCAAGUUGAGAAAGAUUUUUUUCGUGCUUUAUCUGCCGUCAAAUUCAAAGAUCCCAAAAUUUAUGAAAAAGAUGUCAAGUUUUAUCACAGUGGUGAAGAUGGAAAUAAUUUAUCAGCUGAUGAUGAUAAACAAAAAGUCAAGAAGAAAACAAAGUCCACAGAUAAACCUUUUCUUCUUCGAGACUACGAAAGAAAGGUGAUGCUUGAGAAAGGAGGAAAAUUUGAAGAUGAGGAUGAUAGUGAAGACGAAGAAGAUGAGGAGAUGAAUGCAAGAUGUGCAUCACCAUCGUAUAUGGAGGAACAACAGAUCUUGAAAGAUAGUUUUAAAGGAACAUUGGAUAAUAGUGAAAGCGAAGAAGAUGAAAUUUUAACUAAAAGAGUGAAGAGUAAAGAAGAACUUGUGCAAGACGAAAAAGAUUACAUUCAAUGGUUGAAGGGUCAGAAAGAAGAUGUCGGUCAAAACAAAGACUUGUCACAAAUGGUAGCGCUUAAAGAGUUUUGGACCGAUCCAAAAUUAGAUGAAGGUGAAAAAUUCUUGAGGGAUUAUAUUCUCAAUAAAGGGUAUAAAGAUAAGGAUGCAGAGAGGAUACCUACUUAUGGUGAGAUAGUUGGUGAAGAUGAGGAGGACACUGAUUACUCAGAAGAAGAAAGACAACUUGAGAAAGAAGAAGAAUUUGAAAGAAAAUUUAAUUUUAGAUUUCAAGAACCAGAUUCUGAUUUUAUUAAAAGAUAUCCUCGUACAGUUGGAGAGUCAGUGAGAACAAAAGACAACAAAAGAGCAUCCAAACGGUCAGAAAGGAAAGAUAGAAAAUUACAGGAAAAAGAAAAGAAAAAGGAAGAGCUGAAACAGCUGAAGAACAUCAAAAAAAAAGAAAUUCUGGAAAAGAUUGACAGAAUUAAAGAAGUUACUGGAAACAAAAAUGUGGCAUUCCAUGAUGGAGAUCUGGAAGGAGAUUUUGAUCCUCAGGAGCAUGAUAAAAUGAUGCAGAAUCUUCUGGGAGAUGACUACUAUUCAGGGGAGGAAGACGAUACAAAGCCUGAAUUUUAUGAUGAAGAUCCUGUUGAAGAAAAUUGGGAUGACUGGACAGGAGAGGAUGGGGAGUACCAUGAUGGAGACGAUUACUACGUUGAUAAUAAUUUACACUGUGAAGAUCUUGGUUUUGUUAUGGAUGCCGAUUAUGAUCCAUCACAAGAUAAAAAGAAAACAAAGAAGAAAAUUAUGAAUGAAAUGGUAGCAAUAUCAAGGAAGAAGAAAAGACAAUCUAAAUUUGCGGAAGCUCUUGAAAGAAAGAAACCAGUAUUUGAUCCCGAGGAGAAGAAUUUUGGAGAAUAUUUUGAUGAAUAUUACAAACUGGAUUAUGAGGACGUGAUUGGAGAUUUACCAUGUAGAUUUAAGUACCGUAACGUUAUAGCCAAUGAUUUUGGCUUAUCUAUGAAUGAAAUACUGGGUGCGGAAGAUAAAGAAUUAAACCAGUGGUGUUCAUUGAAGAAAACCUGUCAAUACAGGCCAGAGGAUGACGAAUGGAAUGAUGUGAAAUUUUACAAGAAAAAGGGAAGGAAUCUAAUGAAAAAGAAGAGAGUUCUGCGCACAGUUUACAAUGAAGCAACGGAAGAAAAGAAGGAAUUGAAAAGUAUAGAUAAACUAACAAAAAAACGAACAACUCAAGAGCCCCAGGAAACAAAUACUGAUGCAGAUCACCAAAGGAAAAAACAGAAGCUAGACAUAAAGAAGAGAGAGAACAAAUCAGAUAAACAAAGACAAGAUGUCUCCGAUUCGAAAGAUACCAAAGAAUUCCUGGUAUCAAAAUCAAAUCCCAAGUCACUUACCGAAAGCAAACAAUACACCAAAAUGAAAAAAAUACUCAAAUCAAAACAAAAAAUACUAAAAGUGAAAAAACAACAUACAGACAAUACAAAGUUAUCUAUUGUUGGUCAUCGGAGGAGGCAAAGGAACAAUAGACGAUCAUCAUACCAAGUAAUGAUCAGUGAUCAAAGAUUAAGGGCUUAUGGCAUCAAUCCGAAGAGAAUUAAAUUUGAAAAUAUCGAGAAACAAAAACAAAAAAAUAAAUCAGGAAUGAAAAAGAAACUAAAAUCAGAAUGAUUUAAAUAAUUUACAUGCUAUAAUAUUAAAUCUGAAAUAAAUAUUUUUAUUACAUCAUGUCAAUGAAUAAAUUUUCUCUGUGUUACAGAAGUGCAUUUGCAAAUUACAUUUUGAAAA